GCCCCCCGGCCUCGUGUGCUGCCGGCGCGCCCCUCCACUCUAUAAGAGGCGGUCGGGCGUCGAUGGCGGCAGUGUGACGCUCGGGACUGGCGGCUCAGGCAACGGCGAUGGCUUGGCUUCAGGUUGUGUGUGUGGCGGCGGUAUGCGCGGCGGCGGCCGGCGCGCCCAUGACCAAGGGCUACAGCUACCCUGUGCCCGACAACGGCCUGUACCUGCCGCCGCCGCCGGAUAAGGGCGGCCCCGUCAGCCCUGGUGGCUCGGACAACACGGAGGUCAAGCUGCGGCCGCCGCAGCCGGACUACCUGCCGCCCAACCUGGUGCCGGACGGCUCGGGCCCGCCCGGCGGCCGCGUGCCCUUCCCCACCACCACCACCACCACCACCACUACCACCACCACCACGCGGCGGCCGGUGACGCGGCGCGUCACCACGCCGCGCCGGGUCAUCACCACCACCCGGGCACCAGUCACCACCACCCGGCGAGUCACCACUACCCGGCGUCCCUCCACGGCCGUGCCCAAGGCGGCCGCCAUGAUGCACAUGUCGCGGCCUUACGAGUUCGGCUACGACAUCGCUGACGACGAGACCGACAACGCCUUCAGCCAGAAGGAGACCAGCGACGGCAUGAUCAUCACGGGAGAGUACCGCUGGGACAUGCCCGACGGCCGCACUCAGAUCGUCACCUACCUGGCAGACUGGGCCAAGGGCUACUACCCGACCGUGCGCUACGUGCCCACUGACUCACUCUGAGAGACCGCCGCGCCGCGCUCCGCAGUCCCACACGGAGUCGGAGUCGGAGUCGGAGUCGGAGUCGGAGGCGGGGUGGCCGACCGGGCGCCCAUGUUUUGUUGUUGAGUGUGAGUUUAUGAGUUUGUGCGUUGCUGCGGCGCUGUGAGAGUGCAGAGUUGAGCCGCGUGCUGCGGCGCUGGUCAGCUGCGCUGACAUGGUGCGUUGGAAUGGUGCGUUGGAAUGUUGUAUUCGAAUGCUGCGCUGGAAUGAUGUAUUCGUAUGGUGCGUUGGAACGGUGCGUUGGAAUGGUGCGUUGAUGUGAGUUCAUCUACGUGUUGCAUAGAUUCAUUUAUAUAGGCGCUUUUCAUUUCGGUAAUGUAGAUGCAUAUUUUUCUAUAGCCUUAAUCAGUAUUCAUCGGCAGUGACCGAAGACGUCGCGUCGAUGGCAAACGUGAAAAUCUAAGCCCUCAUCAUGGUGUGUGUGUAUUUUCACUUUCUAAGAAAUACAAAGUGAAAACCGA